CGCAUUUCCCCCCCACAUUCUUCCCGACCAGCAGUCCGCGCCACGCGGCUGGCCUUCUGAGGCUCCCCCUUCCAGCCGCUGCUAGCUCCGUCUAUGAUGCCAUAGAACAAGCCCAAUUGUCACCUCCAACCACCCCCAGCUACCCCGCGAACACGACUGCGCUCGACCGCCCUCUUGUUGCCAACUUUGUCACCCGCCAUCCCCGCCUCCCCCCCGGCACGCGACCUCGCACCCACUACUGUAUUUUCACGCACCCGCCUUGCACCCGCCUUGCCACGCACUGCCACCAUGGCCUCUCUCGAAGCUGCCAUCGACGAGGAGAUGCGAGAGGUGGUCAAGCUCCUCGAGGGCGACCAGAGGCCCGCCAUCCGGCGCCCAGAUAGCCCUGCCGCACGCGCGCAAAGCCCCAGCUCCGUCGCCUCGCCCGUCCGGAGCAUGCUCGACGUGGAUGCUCCUGCAAAGCGCAGGAGCACGAGCCGUGGAAGCACUGGAAUUCCCUUCGCCAUGCCCUCGUCGCCCCGCCGAGUAAACCCCGAAUCAGCCUACAAGUUCGAAAUGCUGCCCUCGAUCGAUGCGCAUGCGAUGCCCAAGCGAGUCUCGCAAGGUGGGAAGCUCGACGCCUCUGCGAAGCCCCGCGCAAUGUCGUCCGUCUACGGCAGCUCGGCGGGCUUUCUGGGCUCGUCCAGCUCGAGAGACAGGCCCAAUUCCGUGGCUGGUCCUCUGGGGCGGUCAAAGUCCGGUUCCCCAGGACCCCGUAGAUCGGCCUCUCCAGCAACGCGCAUGCUCAGUCCGACUCCGCCCGCCGCUGCUUCCAGCAACAGCCUCGUAACAGACUCGGGCAAGCGCAUCGACAUGGACACGGCGUACCGCAAACUGUCGGAUUCGGCCUUGGCGCGCUCAGAGGGCGGGCUAUCCUCGCUUCCCACCCGCAAAGGCUCAGACCCGGUCAAGGGCACUUCGACCGCUCCGGGCGGAGGCGUCCGCCUAGCCACAGACGAUGACGGCGAAGACAGCCCCGCUGUGGACAGCAGCGAAAACGGCUCGGACAGCUCAGACUGGGAGGAUGGCUGGCGCAGUAACAACAAGCGAGAACGCGGCAGGCAGCGGUCUAGGAAAUCCUCGGGAGGCACUGAUAGCAUGGGCCGGGAGAUCAUCACGGCUAAGAGCUUGCUGGCGGCUGCCGAGCAGGAGCGGAGAGAGGUUGCCGUGUCGUACAAAGUGCGGUCAUUGCUUGAACCUUCCAUCAACGUCACUGGCCCAAAUGGCGAGAGAAUGUCAAGGAGAAAUGCAUCGGGCGUGGUGCACCCCCACACAAGUUUCGACCAGGGUGGUUCUGGUCUUUCUACGCCAGUCCACUCAGACCACGAGGACGAGUUGGCCGAGAUCAAAUCGGCGCAACAGCUCUCGCUGAACAUCUCGCCCAUCCAGUCAAGUCCGGAAGCGCAUCGCUGCGUGCGGCAGAUUAUUAGGGGCGACUAUAUUCAGUUUGCAGAGGAUGCCACCAAAGGCCUAAGGCGGCAGCGUGUGUACCUUGUAUCGACUGAUCUCAGCGACGAGGCCGCGUAUGCUCUCGAGUGGACGAUUGGGACAGUAUUGCGAGACGGUGAUACGCUACUUGCCGUGUACGCAGUUGAUGAGGAGACGGGCGUCGCAACCACUGAUGCUUCUGGAGCUCCUAUUAGUCAAGGCACGACUGGGCGUCAAGAGUCAGACCACCUUAAGAGGACGCUGUCCAAUCAUGACGGGCUGCCAGCAGCACGACCGGGGUUCUCGGCCUUGUCAAACUCAAUCAUGGCGACUGAGGCCAAUGUGAAUGCCAUGAGCAAAGCAGAGAAAGAUAGGUAUCAGGCCUGUGUGGAGGUUUCCGACCGGUGUGUCAAGCUACUUAGGAAGACUCGCCUUCAAGUGCGAGCGGUUGUCGAGGUGUUCCAUUGCAAGAGCCCCAAGCACAUGAUUACCGAAGUGAUUGACUUCUUGGAGCCGACGCUGGUGAUACUUGGCUCGCGCGGACGCAAUGCUCUCAAAGGUGUCUUGCUCGGGUCUUUCAGCAACUACUUGGUGACCAAGUCAUCCGUGCCAGUCAUGGUUGCGCGGAAACGACUCCGAAAGCACAGCAAGUACAAGCGGCAGAACGUGCGGAUGUCCAACGUUAUCCAAGGCUCCAAUGACCGGCUUGCAAAUGCAAAGAUUGAUUAGCUGUUUGGGUGUGUAUUUGUCAGGGCUACGUUUCGGUUGGUGUUUGUGGGCGGCAAUGGAGUUUGCAAGCCUGAGGAUUUGAAUUGAGGUGUCGCGAAACGCAUGGUGUUUGGCAGUCGAAGAUCAUGUAUGCCUUGCCCAGCCAUUGAUUGCUGGCGCGCGGUAAUGGUACUUUGGCUGCAUGUUUCCCGUGGACCUGUUUUUUGGGCAGUGGUGAGCGUGGGCCCGGCGGGCAGGGUGCACAGGCACCGGUCCACGAUACGCCGAGAGGCUUUCUCUUUGGCCAUGGCCCUCCGCGCCGCCAAUGAAACGAGGCGGGCUGCGGGUGGCUUGAUUUCUCAGCGGCGUGAGAGCAAAAAGAGCAUAUUACGACGGUUCUUGGGCCAGCUCAACACAUUCGGAAAUUAAGAUUCCGUGUGAAAUUGCAG